AUGUUGCAGCCUGAAAAUGCGGCUAGUAAUGGGGCUGCUUGGCACUCAAGGUUCGGUACGGCUGGCUGUCUCCAAAUCGCCGGUAGACGCCAUAAGAUAACUAACUGGAAGCCUGACACGGUUUAUCUCUAUCAGUUCCCUCGAUCGCCAGUGAUGCCGAAUUUGUCGCCGUUCUGUCUCAAAGUCGAGACAUUUCUACGUGUAAACGACAUAAAGUAUGAGGUUAUAGGAUCGUAUCGACAGCGUUCAACACGCGGCUUAUUACCAUUUAUCGAGCUCAAUGGCCAACAAAUUGCCGACUCACAAGUUAUUAUCUGGGAGUUGCAAAAGCACUUCAAGAUUGAGGUAAGUGCUCUAAUGGAAGAUAAAUCGGUGCUGAACGCACCAGCUUUCAUGAGUCGUUCCGUGAGCGGUCUACCACUGCCAGCAUUUGCUUACGAACUUUAUGGCCAAGCGAUUUUCGGAAACGGACGGUUAUCGCGAGACGAACUCAAAGAGUUGUUACGACGCGACAUACAAGCAAUAGAUGACGUACUUGGCGAGAAGAAGUUUCUUUUCGGUGGAAAAAUGACCGUA